AUGACGGGCCUCACCGACACCACUCAACAAGCCUUCGACCGAGCCCAAGAGCUCAAGCAAUUCGAAGAAUCCAAGCUCGGAGUCCAAGGUCUCGUCGACUCCGGCAUCUCCUCCAUCCCUCGCAUCUUCGUCCACCCGCCCGAGACCCUCUCCGACCUCAAGCCCGCCCAGCCCAGGCCCGUUUCGGCCCAUUCGAUCCCUACCAUCGACAUCUCAGGUCACGACUCCGGCUGGCGGCCCUCCGUCAUCGAGGAAGUGGUGCACGCGGCUCGCGAGCUCGGCUUCUUCCAGGUAGUCAACCACGGUGUGCCGAACGAGGUCACGGGCCAUACAAUCGCGGCGGUGAAGGCCUUCAACGAGCAGCCAACGGAGGCAAAGGCUGGGGUCUACAGGAGGGACUUCAAGACCGGGGUCAGGUUCUUGUCCAACGUCGACUUGUUCAAUUCGAAAGCAGCUAGCUGGAGGGACUCGCUCCAUAUAAGGCUGGAGCCGCAACUGGACACGGAAGAGAUCCCGGAGGUGUGCAGAAAUGAGGUGAUGGAAUGGAAUCAGCAGAUCCAACGGCUGGAAGGCAUCCUUAUGGGACUGUUGAGCGAGGGCCUGGGACUGAGUCCCGGGAAGCUCCAGGAAUUGACGCGCCCGGAGCGCCGGACGAUGGUGGCGAACUACUAUCCAUGCUGUCCCCAGCCCGAUCUGACGGUCGGCUUCGUGUCCCACACGGACCCGGGCUUGAUCGCAGUGCUCCUGCAGGACCACCUCCCCGGUUUGCAGGUGAAGCACGGUGGCGUGUGGGUGGACGUGCCGCCCAUCCCAGGUGCUCUGGUUGUGAACAUCGGUGACAUCCUCCAGAUCAUGUCCAACGGAGAGUACAAAAGCGCGGAUCAUCGGGUGCUGGCCAACCUUAACCGAGAAGCACGCUUGUCGAUAGCAGUUUUCUACAACUUGAGCGAUUUGGAGGUGCAGGUCGGACCAUUGCCGGAGCUCGUAUCCUCGGAUAAACCCGCUGCUUUUCGGCAGUUCGCCAUGGGCGAAUACUUGAAGGCUCUCUAUACUGCGCCUUUGGAGGAAAGUAUGUUAAAUUACUUCAGAGCAUGAUUGA